AUGGCCGGAUCGAAGAGAUACCCGACGAACCGUGGCAAGCAGCCGGUUGCUGAUUUGCCUGAAGAUGAAGAAGAAUCCGUUGAGCAGGAGAUUGUCGCUGCCCUCGACCCGAAUACCCCGACCCCCGAACCACAGAGACCAGUUGAUGCUGGUGAAGAUGAUAGUAAUGGAGAAGGUUCCUCCAUUCGCGAACGGCUGCAGAAGACCCCGACUCGUGAACGAUUUCACGAACUCGCCCGCGAGUAUCAGAACUUGAAGAGGAAAGUCCAGGAAUUAGAGGACGAAGUGACAGUCCUACAUUCCGACAAGAUUGAAACCGAGAUUGUUAUCGAGUCGCUCACGCAGGAGCGAGAUGAAGCGAUCGCCCACCGGGAUAUCGCUAUCCGUGAGCGUGGUGAUCUUGCUUUCCGCCUUGUAAAUCUCCAGAACCAGAGUAGCUCCAGCACACCGAUGGUGGAAGCCAUUACGAACCGAAAGACAACAAAGAUGCCGGAUGCUCCGAUGUUUAGCGACGGUAAAAAAGUCCGAUUUGAAACCUGGGAGACUGUGAUACGACAGAAGCUCGAAGCAAAUGCCGACCACUACCCGUUGCCAGUACAUCGCAAGCUCUAUGUGCAAAGUCGUUGUGAAGGCAAGGCUCAGUUGCAUAUUGCACCCCGAAUGAGUUCUGAUUCAAGUAACGCAUACGUGGACGCCGAGGAUAUGAUUGUCCAUCUAAGGCCUGUCUUCGCGAAUCCGAAUCGACGUGCCGAAGCCUACACCGCAUAUCACAAAUUGAUAAUGACGCCAAAGGAUCACUUCACCGAUUUCCUUGCUGAAUUCAUGCAGCUUGCUGAAGAAGCUGCCGUGAUUGAAGAGAACCGUAAACGUGACUUGUACUCAAAACUACCAUACCUGCUCCAGAGCCAGGUGAUGUGGGCGGUCAACCAGGAUAUGGUUACGUUUGAAUCUUUCUCCAAGACUUGCCAGAGUAUGUCUCACGAGAUCAACCUCCAGCAGGAGGCAAAGACUAUUUCCCGCACGCGAGUAACUACUAUUCUUGGUAGUAGUGCAGGAACAACAACGACUACGAAGCCGACGUACACUCCUCGUGUGAAACGUGAAGAAAGCUCCAACCCCGGAAGACUCUCGAACUCCGAGCGUGACACCCUGAUGAAAGAAGGUCGAUGCUUUAACUGCAAGGAGCAAGGACAUAUGACUCGUGACUGUCCGAAGAAGAGACUAGCGAGCACCGUUGCUACAGCCCACCCUUCUCCCCGUAUCAUUGAACUCGACAAUGGAGAAGACAACGAUCAGGGAAAAGCCGAUGCCUAG